UAGGCAGCCUUUAAGAGGCAGUACAUCAAUUGUAGUCAAAUAAUGGGCCGUGGAGAUAAAGUCGGAGCAAAACAAUGAAAAACCCACGCUCGCUAGCAAGGGAAAGGUAAGUGCUUCACUUUCAUGUGCUUGUUUCGAUUCGUACUCAAACACCAAGCCUAGCGGUACCACCAUCAUGGCACACCACCAACAUUGUUCGGAGUCCGCCAUAGCAGGUUCUAAAGAACAUGAUCGGGAGGCCAUUGAUGAACUCAUUGCUUCACUUCCCCGGAGGAAAGGCGCGGUUCGUCCUUUCCAAUGCCUUUACCAAAACUUUUGGUGCCCAAUCUUCGCAGUUCCCAAAGUGAUCGCAUUUCAGCGACACUUCGAAACCAAACACAGCGACAUUGUCCUGGCCUCUCUUCCCAAGUCAGGGACUACCUGGCUAAAGGCCCUGGUGUUCUCUGUUGUUAACCGCUCCCGCUUCGACAUCUCCAACACGCCUUUGCUAACUUCGAACCCUCAUGAACUCGUCCCUUUCUUCGAGUUCCAGCAGUACGGAAGCAGUCCGAGGCCCAACCUUGGUGGCCUGGUGGAGCCAAGGCUUUUCGCAACGCACAUCCCUUACCCCUCCUUGCCGGAGUGUAUCAAGCGGUUAGACUGUCGGAUCAUUUACAUCUGCCGGAACCCAUUGGACAUGAUGGUUUCAUCUUGGCACUUCUACGUCCAGAUGGCACGGUCGGAGAACCAGCCGGAGUGGUCCUUGGAAGAGCAUUUCGAGAUCUAUUGCCAAGGGAAACUAUCAUUCGGGCCCUUUAGGGAUCACAUGAUGGGAUAUUGGAAGAAGAGCUUGGAGAGACCGCACAAGGUGUUGCUCCUCAGGUAUGAGGACUUGAAGGAGGAUAUUGUAGGACAGCUGAAGAGGGUGGCCGAGUUUGUGGGUCUUCCCUUCACUAAGGAGGAAGAGGAGGGAGGUGUGAUCGAAGAGAUAGCCAAAAUGUGUAGCUUAAAGACCCUCAAGGACUUGGAGGUCAACAAAUCCGGCAAAGUAGCCUUGACGAUCGAGUUCGAGAAGAGAAGCUUUUUUAGGAAAGGGGAGGUGGGUGAUUGGGUUAACCAUCUAACUCCUUCCAUGGUGGAUCGCCUCAAUAGCAUCAUCCAAGAAAAGAUGAGCCCCUUUGGGUUGGAAUUCAAAACGUGUUGA